GAAAGACGCAUCAUUGCCAUCUUUCCCUCCUUCCUUUGAUUUUUUUUUCUUUAUUCAGAGGGGCAGGAUCCAAAAGCGGUAGAUCGAUAUUGAAAAUGGAAGGAGCAGCGACGCGCACUGUGAUAACGUCUACAAGCAGCAGCACGGAACAUUUUUCCACCUCUACUCUGGUUUACGACAGGCAYUUUCUUCGCACUGCUUCGGGGCUCCUCGUUUUCGCAGAAAUAGUGUUUGGUCUGCUGGUAUGGAUGCUGAUAGCGGGGACAGAGUACUUCCGUGUGUCUGCCUGGUGGGUCAUGUUUGUGGCCAUCUUGUACUGGUCUCUGACGGUCAUCUUCCUCAUCAUCUGCCUGACCACGGCUUACAACAGGAUCCCUCAGGUCCCCUGGACAACUGUGGGUCUGUUCUUCAACAGUAGUGCUACAGUGAUGUAUGUGGUGUUCAACAGGUGCUACAGUGAUGUAUGUGUGGUAGCAGCAGUGGACGCAGCCUCAAUCAGCCAUGCUAUUAAGGGGCGCCAUAACUACACCUGCUGGGUCGCAUCCACAUUCUUUGCCUUCCUGGUCACGCUCUGCUAUGCAGGAAGUACAUAUUUAAGUUUUAAAUUCUGGCGCCUGAGGGAUGAGGAACAAUAACCAAUCACAAAGGACAGCUAAAGUAUAUCCGUUAUGGAACACAUGAAGGAUCUUGAAAAGUACACAUGGUUAAGUGUAAUAACCACUCCUUCCCUUUGGAAGGCAUUUCUCUAUUAUUUGAUUUCUGUUAUAUUUCUGUUAUUUUGGAGUCAUGGUGUGUUUCAUCUGUUGGAAUGACAGAGCCUGAACCUCAGUGUGUUUUUACUUCUUAUGAACUCAUGAGUUUUUUAAAAAUUACAUUUGGAUGAAAAUGACUGAAGCUAAUAAAGUGGCUAUUCUGUUUUUCUGAAGCUGGAGAUCAAAGCUUUAACUCCAAUAUUAAA